UAUACAACUCAAAAAUGAUAUCUCGACAUAUUGUUUCAGAGAACAUGGCAUUAUUCAAUUCGGUUAUACUGUUGACCUUUGUUGGUAGCACCCUUGUAACAUCUUGCAAGGGUCUUCUUCCGGUGUCGCCUAACCGUUCCGGAUGUUGCAAUGUGAUAAAGUGGGAAGAGAUUUUUACCAAUAGUAAAGUGGGAAGAGAUCACCAAGCAUCAGUUAUUCCUCUCGAACAUUGGGGAAAUAAAAGCUACUGGAUAGGCUCCAGCUUUCAGGCUACUUGGUUUGGAGCAAUAGACUUUUGCUCUCAAAUGCAUAUGCAGUUACUUACCAUCAACUCAGCAGAAGAAAAUGAAGCAAUUUUCGGAUAUAUAAAAGAGGCCAAGAAAGGUUUUGAAUAUUGGACAGCAGGUACCAGACUAGUCGACGAAAGUAAGUGGGUAUGGUUCCCCUAUGGCGAUUUAGUAAAUUACACAAAUUGGUCGAAAGGUCAACCCGAUCAUAGAAAUGGAGAAAAAUGUUUACAAGUUUGAAAAGCUGAUAAAAACUUACAGUGGAAUAACAGAGCAUGCGAUGUCCGCUUUCAUUUCAUUUGCGAAAGAUACGACUGUCAAAAUUAGGCAAAACUACCGUCAAGAUUGUAAUGUCCUUGAAAGUAAUAAAUAAACAUUAGCAUUACCAGUA